UGACGUGUCUCAAACUGUUCUUGCACUAUUAGUGGAGUGUACCUGUUUUACUGAGGAAUAUUCUGUUCUCCUGUUUUUGUAAGGUUCGUGAACACAAGAUGCUCGAUUUCUUCUCCAUCUUUAGCAAAGGGGGGAUAGUGCUGUGGUGUUUCCAGGGAGCAGGAGUCACUGGAUCCUUCACUGGACCCGUCAAUGCUCUCAUCCGCUCCGUUAUUCUACAGGAGCGCAGUGGGAAAAAUACGUUCACUCAUGAAGCUCUGAGUCUUAAAUAUAAGUUGGACAAUGAGUUUGAGUUAAUAUUUGUGGUGGGUUUUCAAAAGAUCCUGACGCUGACAUAUGUGGACAAGUUCCUAGAUGAUGUUCAGCUUCAUUUUAGGGAUCGUUAUAAGAAUGAGUUGGAGCAAAAAGGAGCUUUAAAACUACUCAACAACAACUUUGACUUUGAGGAUGAUUUCAGCAUGCUUCUGAAAGAUGCAGAAGAGGGCAGCAAAGCUCGAAGCCGCGUUCGUGGCAUGAGGACCUUUGAGGAGUCUGAUAAAUCUCAGAAAACUGUGAAGUCAAUGAUUGAGACUAAAGGUGGGGACAAAGGCAAGGACAGUGGUGGAAAGAAGAAUAAAAAUACCAAAAAGGGGGCUCCUGCUGCAGAGCCAGCUAAAGUCGAUACUGGAAAGACAUCCAGUCCAAAAGCAACUGAAAAUGGGAACCAGGCGUUGACAGCAGAAGAGAUCAUUCAAAAGAAUCGUGAGGAGUUUUUUCGGAAAAAGCAAAAGACAGUAUCUGUUGAAAAACAAACCAAGUCCCCAAAACCUCAGAAACCAAAGGAAAAACAAAUGCGUGUUUGGGGCAUGGGUGGUAGCAGCUCCAAGAACUUGGACUAUAGCGAAAGAAAUGGAGAUAACGCCAGUAAUGGCACUGACCAAUAUCAGGAGGGCCAAAUAGAUGUGGACCGGCAGCUGAGUUCUAUGAAGGGAGACCUGCAGUCUGUUGAUUAUGAGUCCAGUGAGGAGGAAGAGGAAGAAGAGGAAACUGUAAUUAUCAGUCAAAAAAGCGCUCCUAGCUCAAGCAAAGGUCUGGGUGGCAUGUUUGGGAUGCUGAAGGGGCUGGUGGGCUCCAAGAGCCUCAGUCGAGAAGAUAUGGAACCAGUGUUAGAAAAGAUGAGGGACCACCUCAUCGCUAAGAAUGUUGCUGCUGACAUUUCCUCCCAGCUCUGUGAGUCUGUAGCUAAAAAACUGGAGGGCAAAGUUAUGGGCACAUUCACCACUGUGACCUCAACUGUAAAGCAGGCUCUCCAGGACUCACUGGUGCAAAUCCUGCAGCCAAAACGAAGAGUGGACAUUUUGAGAGACGUCAUGGAAGCUCAGAACCAACGAAGACCAUUUGUCAUCACAUUUUGUGGUGUUAAUGGGGUUGGAAAAUCUACAAACUUAGCCAAGAUUUCUUUCUGGCUGAUCGAGAACGGUUUCACUGUGCUGAUCGCAGCCUGUGACACCUUUCGUGCUGGAGCUGUGGAGCAGCUCCGCACUCAUCAGCGACGCCUCAACUCCCUCCACCCCCCAGAGCAGCACGGAGGACGGCCUGUCGUUCAGCUCUAUGAGAAGGGUUAUGGCAAGGAUGCUGCGGGCAUCGCCAUGGAAGCCAUUGCUUACGCUCGUAACCAGGCCUUUGAUGUGGUGUUGGUGGACACUGCUGGGCGUAUGCAGGACAAUGCCCCUUUAAUGACUGCCCUGGCCAAACUCAUUGCUGUCAACAUGCCUGACCUUGUGCUGUUUGUUGGGGAGGCUCUUGUGGGCAAUGAGGCUGUGGAUCAGUUGGUAAAGUUCAACCAGGCUCUGGCAGAUCAUUCCAUGUCUGACAAACCUCGCCUCAUUGACGGCAUUGUCCUCACCAAGUUUGACACAAUUGAUGACAAGGUGGGGGCUGCCAUCUCAAUGACCUACAUCACUGGGCAGCCCAUUGUGUUUGUUGGGACGGGGCAGACGUACAACGACCUGCGCAGCCUCAACGCCCGAGCAGUCGUCAGUGCCCUAAUGAAAGCCUAAACUCCAUCAGUCCCCUAUUUAAUUACAUUACAUUGAAGUCAAUACAGCACAUCAAUAAGUUGCAUAAUUGUUGAAUUGUUAAGUUAUUUCAGUAGUUCAUGGAAAGUUUGUAGAGAUAAAACUUGUUUAUAUUUAUUACGCACAACUACAUUAUUCACUUUCAUUCAUAAUAAUUGUCCUUCAGAGUAAAUACAUAUUUUUGGGUAUUUCUUUUAUCGUACUACUAAAAUAAUUUAACUUUUCAUUACUUAUGGAUAUGCUUCUGAAUUGGAUAUCUACUGCUCUUCAUAUAUUACUGUUCAAAACUGUUAUUUCUGUAACAAAAAACUUCAACACUUGUAAAACUGUUGGGCCUGACAUGCAACUGUCUCCAGAGAAAGACAAAAUUAAGACCUAAAAAUCCUGUCGUUUGUCACAUUUGCUCUCCGGGUUUGGAGGCUGAAGAUGUGACGUUUUAGCAGCAGCCUGUGAGGAACGCUUAGUGACCAUUGUGCCUCUGUGAUCCUGUUUUUCAAGUUGUGUUCAAAAAUCUAUUCAUUUAUACUUUGUCAUGGGGCCUGGAUUUCUGCAGUAAAAAGCCAAUUAAACAAUCUGAUAAAAGAACCCAAGUAAGACAUUUGGACCUUGUGACAACAUGCCAAUAGCUGUAAAUUCUAAGGCACUUAAAAUUUUCAUUUCAGUUUUAUUAUUUGGUAAAUGUUUGCGGUCUAGUCAAUUUUAUGUUGAUUGCACAGAUAGAAGACAAAAAACUUAGCAAAAUAAUUUGUGUUCUUCCCUUUUUUAAUUUUGACAUAAGGAAAGUCUUAAUAAUUUUGCCCAUUUUUAUUUAUGGUGGUGCAAUAAGAGGUAGAAGCGGUUAAAAAUAAAAGAUUUCAGAUAAUUUAUGAGAAUGUAAGCGUUUCUAAAUAAAGCUGCUAUACUAUUUGUCUG